AUGUCUGUCUACCCAACUUCGGCUCCAGGCAUUGAUACUGACGAGAAAUGUUUAAUUGCUCAACUUCGGAACUGCUUGAAUCUUAAGAUGCCUUCCGGUAUUCCAGCCGAUCUUGACACAGAUCUGAAUUUAUCCCGCUGGUUGCGUGGCUACCAGCGAAACGUUGAAAAGAUAGUUGAAGUGUUCCCAGUGUAUUGUGAAUCUCGUCAAGCUGCUGGGUUUACCGGUGAGAGCUUUCCAGAGAAAUUCUUUGAACUUCCCGAGAUUAAACCUUACUUACCCUUUAUUGCAUCUUCAAGACUGGAUGAUCGCGUUUGGUCUGAUAAACAUAAUGCAUUUUUAUUUGUUGAAAGAGCUUGGUCGCAACCAAAAGAGAUAGUUAAAGCGAUGAAAUGCAGCGACUACCUCAUUCACUGUUUUGGUUACUCAGAAAUGCUUUUGCAGCUAAUUCUACGGCGAGAAAAGCGCCAGGAGUCUAACAAAGGGCCUGUGCAGUUCAUAGUUCUAUUCGACCUUGGCGAAGUCAAUCUUUCAGACUACCUAAACCCGUUGAGUACACAUAUCAAACUUUGGCAGUUACGGUCAGAUUUGUGGCAGGACUGGUAUCCGGAAAUGGUCCAACGGAUUUACUUAGUGAAUCCACCUCGACUUGUUAGCGUUUUAUGGAAGCUUGCUAGAAUGUUUUUAAACGACCGUAACUAUAAAUUAAUAGACAUUCCAAGCCACAAAAAAGACCUUCUCAAACAGUUGCCCUCUUGGUUUAUACCUCAAGAAUACGGAGGUGAUUUCUUAAACAGUGUACCUCCUGGAGACCGAACAGGAGUUAGUAAGAGAAGGAAAAUUACUGUUGACGAUCACUAUCGUUCGCAUGAAAUCUACAAACAUAAAGGUGUGACCCGACCAAAGCCUAUACGUCAGGAAAUCUUAUCUGGAGAGACAUUUGUGUGUAAGCUAAAUGUUGAGGAGGGCCAGUCACUACUAUGGGAUUUUUCUGCGAACGGAGAGCUGCAAUUUGCCAUUUAUGCUGUCAGUAAUGGGUGUCGCAGGAUGGCAUAUCCAAAACUGCGUUUAACAUCGUCAAAAUUGCCAGAAGAAGGAGUGUUAGAAAACUUGAAAGGUGCCUUAUAUGAAGCAGAAUUCCAAAACACCAGCACAUAUUUUACGGUUAAGGUCGACUAUUGUAUCGUUGCCGCAUAA